UCAUCUCAUCAGCUAAUUCCUGGGAUACUAGCAAUUGUACUAACAUUUACUGUACCUUCCAACACUUUGUGAACAGCUGAAAACAUCAGCAUCUCAAAUCCUUAAUUCCUCGUGUUCUAUUAGUGAAACACAAAAUACUAUAUAAAAGAUGACAAUUCUGAUAUGCUGGUUUUCCAAAUGUGAGGUGGAAAGAAGACAGUACGUGGUCCUUAAUACUUGAACAGUGACAAGUUUUUGAAUAUUGUGUAAUGUUCACUGUGGCAAUAACUUAGGAAAAUGGUUGAUAAUAACAUAGCAACUACACAAAAUAUUUUAUCUUGGUGAAAAUAACUGAAGCACUGUUAAGCAGGCACAAUAUGGGACACCUGUGGCUAUGGCUUACAAUAUGGGUGCUUCAACAAUGUUGUGAACAAACUGCAAGCAUGAAAACCCAAGACAUAGGAAACCUUCUCUUCAACCAGAGAGAUUCACUGCAUAAAAGAAUCCUCCAACAGAUAAAUUCCACAAAUCUCAACAAGGGAAGCUCAACUUGGCUUCCAAAUGCAAGUGUAACCAGACACAAUAACAGGUACAAGUUUCACAAUAUAAAUGCAGCAACAGCUCGAGGAAAGAGAGAGACCAGCAACCAACCAUUUCAUAUAACUGUUUUAUACCCAGAAGAUAAUAAAAACAAAGCAAUAAGACAAAAGUCAAGCAAGUCCAAACGAUGCCAAGACAACAGAAAAGGAAGCAGGAAGAUAAAUUAUCAUCAUGACUAUCAUAAAAAGGGCACAAACAUAUCCAAUUACAUGAGUGAGGAUGACAGUAUUAAUUAUCACAAAUCAACAUAUCCUUCAUUUAUUGCUGAUAAUGUAAACAGAAACAAUGGUGAAUUUAAAACUGACAAUAAUGGUGUUCAGAAUGCCCAACUGAUUGCUGUACCUCAAGCUAUGGAUAACAGUUUUGAUAACAACAGACCCAAGUCACUUGCCAGUUACAUACAGCAAGCAUCUAAAUCUCAAGAAAUACUCAGGGAUGGGAAUGUACUCCAACAGUUACUGACAGUUAGUAACGGCUGUGAUAUUGGUAAUAAUGGUUGUAAUGCUGGUAGUAACGGUUUAGAAAAGCAGCUAAUGAAUACUGAAAAGGAAUUCAAACUGAAUAAAUAUAAAUCUGGGAGACCAUCAAGAGAUAAAACUAGAUAUAUUGAUAUUAAACAUCAGAAUGAAUGGAGUGCAAAACUGAACCCUCAAAUUUAUUCCCAUCUGAUGAGUGACACAUCUACAAAUCCUAGCCUCUUGUCAGACAAUGUAGAAGAAUACUAUUAUCCAUAUGAAAGAACAAAAUCAAUGUCUCACAAUCCAAAAGGUAGAAAUUCGCCACUGAAGGAAAGUAUGCACUCAGAGUUAACUUCGCCAAAAAAUUAUUUGUACAAAAAUGAAAACUUCCCACAGCCAACAAAAUAUCAAAAUCAUCAAUAUGACAAUGCACAAACCUCAGAUCCAGACCUGUAUGGAAACACACAUGAAAAUACUUACUGGAAUCCUGAACAAGAAAAUCAUCAAGAUGAAUAUACAAUUUACACAAAUUACUCACCAAUGUAUCAUUUACUGAAGCACAAUACAUCACCCAUCACCAAUCCUGAACUCUCUACAAUAGACUGUGAAAGUGAACAUACAGUAAAGAAAGCUAUUGAGAUAAAUGAAGACACAGGACACAAGGACAUGCCUUUGUACCUUCCAAGUGAUGAUAGAAGACUGAUGCAAGGUGAGUUUCUAUCUCAAGAUCACAACAAUUCACCACAUGUUCAAAAGCCACUAAGCAACAAGCAAAAAUAUCUUCCUGGUAAAUCUUCUGAAGUUCUGCAAGAGGAUGAAGUAUCAACUCAGAGUAUAUCAGAUGGAGAGGCUAAGGAAACUCCCAUUUAUUACUAUGAAAUGCCCAGUAUGUCCAGUCAAAAACUAAAAUUUUCAACAUCUGAAGAUGGAACAAGAUUGACAACAAAAAAUUCAGUGCUUUCAUUACCUGCUGCCAAUCAUAACAAAAUACCAAGUAAUGCACAAAUACAUACACCAUCUUUUCAAAGAGAUUUUAAUGAAAUAUCAAACAACAUGACUAAACAGAAGCUGAACAAUGUCAUUAUUUCAACACUUCAUGACCUUCCUGUUAUAUCUCACUACUCAACUGAUGGAAAUAAAAUACCUUCUGAUGAAUUACCUUACUUUAAUAAAAUGAAUGAAGAAUUACAGUUCAUGCAGAAUACAGAAGGUACUUCACCAUACAGCUCAAAAGCUUCAACCCUCACAAAAGAACUAAUAAGGGUGGGAUCAAUGACAGACUAUCCAAAGUACAAUUACGAACACAGAGAUGCCAAUACUCCUCCAUACACAGAUAAAGAAUCAAUAUACUUCAGCAGUAUUAAUGGUAGAGAAACUGCUUUAAAAAAUAUGCCUCUUCGAACACCAACAUAUCACAUGACAAACCCUGAUGAGUGUGCACCAUUAUCACAUAAAGCUGCUACCACACCUCAAUAUUAUCAAGAAAUUUUAAAACCAUCUAACUAUAUCAAUGUUGGUAAUGUGCCUUUUCAAAGUCAGUCAUUUACAAGUAGAACACAACCCCAACCACAGCACCACAGACAAAAGAAUUACAAAGUAACUGACAGUAAAAAAGACAUUAAAGAUUCUGUUCCUGAACAAAAUCCCUGUGCAGUGCCUGCUACUACUCCACAGAUAAGAGACAAUUUUAAAUACAGAUAUUCAGCUGCAACAAGUCCAAAUGAAGCUGUAAGUGCAAUUCUCAGUGUGCCUGAAGAAAUAAAUAGUGUUCCAAAUACUGUACAAAGUUCUGUCAAUGAUGAUAAUCACUUAAUUCUACAAAGUGAAUCUCCAGAAGGUGUUUCUCCAUUUAAUUUACCUACCUAUUUGGGUAGGGUUUCAGAGAGAACAAAGAAUGAAUUUUUGCGUAUAUUUAAAGACAAUGAAUAUGUACCUACUUCAGCAGUAACAUCUUCAGAACAUGCACAUUUGACAUCUGCACCAACAAACUCUAUCAACUUGGAAUCCAGAAGAAAAUCUGGAGACAAUUUUAGGGAAACAAUCAAAAGUCCAGUAAAUCAGUAUGUGUCAAAUAUUCAAGCAAGUUUAGCAGAACUGUAUUUUGCAGCUACACAUCCACCCCUUGAAAGCACAAUUACACAGAAAACACUUGCAUCUGGUUCACAUGAAAUUUAUCCUCAAACAAUGAGCCUGAAUGAGUAUGAAAGAGAAAUAAAUAUGGAACAGGAUGUAAUACCAACACUGCCAUCAAAUGAGAAAACAAUCUAUGGCACAGCAAAACUGAUAAAUUCAGAAGAAAAUAACAAAGAUGUUUCAAAUUCAACUAUGUCACCAUAUAAGUCCAAUCAAAUAUCCCUGGAAGAAAGCUUGGACUUUUCAGAACCAACUCAGUAUGCUACAGAUAUUAUGAUUACUGAAAAAGAAAUGAAGGAAAUGUGGAAUGUACAAAAAAAGCAAUCAACAAGAGUCAUGCAAAAUUCUCAAGAAAUGAGUAGAAUAGAAGAUGCUGCAGUCCCAAUCACAGAUGUUGACCACUCUGUAAUAAGUUCAUCAAUAGAUGAGUUAAAAAUUCAGCUUGAUUCAGUCCCAGUAAAUACAACACACCAACCAAACAUAAAAGACGUUACACACAAGCAAGACACAAGUUACUCUACUAUUACAAUAAGGGAAUUGCUGACAGCGAUACCAUAUAACCAUGUAUCAGACGUUGCAGAUAUGUAUGUCACUACAGAAAGACAGGAUGAGCAGAUGGCAAUACAUUCAACAUCAACAAUGAGUAACCACAAGAAUGCAAAUCCAGGAGGAUCAACUGUACCUGACAAGAGAGCAUCAGCAGAAAAUAAAGGAUAUUAUUACUUCCCUCCUGCAACUGUAUCAUUACCAGAGAAUAUAUCAAACACUAUUCACAUGAAUGCUAAAAUUCCUGAAACUUUGCCAACCAUACAAGAAAACAUUUCAGAACACUUUUAUGCAACCACAGUCAGGCCACAACAGACAGAACUCCAAGAAAUAAGUGAGAAGAGAGAACUAGAAAUUAUUAAAACAACAGUACCAGAAAAAGUAAUUAAUUUUACAACAAAGGUGUCAACAUAUUUAAAGAUGGACAAGCCAGUUACCCCAAGAAGGGCUUCAGCACAUGUGAGGAAGCAAGGAAUUUUUGGUUAUGCGACUGAUAACAAAUCAGACGUACCAUUAACUGUACACGGAUCCUCUCAGAACUAUGAGCAGCAAACAGAUACACAGAUGGAUGUUCAUAAUGCAAUAAAGACAAAAGCAAAUGAAAAUUACACAAGUCCAGAAACUUUUACAGCUGACACAUCAAGAGAAACACAAGAGACUUAUCUUGCUGGUCCACAAUCUCCAAAUAAAACUGAUAAAUAUGAAAGUAAAGAAUCAGAGUUAACAACAUCCCAGACUGUUGCAACAUCCAGAGAAAUAAUGAAUGAAAUGGAAGUAACAAAUUUACCUAAAAGAUCAAACUCUUCACAAAAUGCAUACUUUGCAAUACCACAUGAAACUCAAGAUGUCAAGAGAAUAACAGCAAACCUUGAUAAACUUAUUAAUGACACAAGUUGGAUACAGAAGGAUGGUUCACCACAUCUGAAUACAGAUGAAUAUGGUACUUUACAAAAUGCUCCUUUUACUAAAACACCACAACAAAAUCAUACCAAAGAUAAGAUGAGAAAUGCUAUAAAUGUGAAAUCAGGUUUUGAAAAUGUUGUACCUGACAGAUGGAAUCAAAACAAUGUGCAAGAUGACCCUGUUACUCAACUAAUGAAUAAUACAGAAAUGUAUCAGAAAUCUGUUACUACUUCAAGUAAUUUACAUGCUGAAGUAGACACAGGUACACUUCAAGAAAACAUGGUUACAAACAGUUACAUCCAGUUUCAUGAAACAAAAUUUGGAGAAAGCACUCAGCAGCUUCCUGAAUUACAGUAUAAGCAAGAUAAUGUAAUUUUUAGUGAAAAAAGUAUAAAUGGUAACAAAACUUCAGCAAAGAUGAAUGGUCACAGAGACAACUCCACCUUGCAACAUCUCAUACCUGAAACAACAGAACCUUUCCUGACAUUGGACACUUUAUCAUCCAAAGACAUUUUGCAUGAAAAUAUGGGAGACAUGAUAAAAAAAACACUAGAGGAUAUUGUUAAUUCUACAGAUAUUGUGAAUAAGCCUCAAGGCAAGAAAUUACAUCAAGUUCACAAUACACUACAGCCCUCUGACUCUCUUCAACCACUUACUUAUACAACAAACAGUCUACCAUUGAUGCUGUCAGAAGAUGGCAUUAACACAAAUCUUACUAGAACUGACUAUGCAAAUGGAUCAGAACCACAAAUGGACAUAACUACAAAUCAGACACUAGUAAUGCAUCAUGACAAGAAUCAGAGACAUUACUCAGAAACUGCAGGAUUAUCCACCAGUAAGAUAAAUACCUAUGAAGGCAGUACAGACCUGGAGAACGAAAUGGCUCAACAAAGGCACACUUCAAAAUAUCAUACACAGGUUGAAGCAUACAAUAACCUUUCUGCUCUAAAACAUAACAAUUUUCAUUCUGGUAACACACAGCUACCAAAAGAAAUGCAAGAAUCAAAUAAUAAAAAACAAAAGGAGAGAGAAAAUACUACCCAGCCAGAAAAUCUUUAUAAAAAUUUACAUCAAGAAAAUUUCAAAGAUGCAAACAAAGAUAGCAAUGUUAAACAAGAUACAAAGUUUGAAACUGAAGAUGCUAAAGGCUACACUCACAACCAUGAAGUACUACCACCCAAUUACAGAAAAGUUGUUCCAAAGUAUAAUACAGACAGUUCUGCUUCCACACUGCAAAUCCAAACUCAAUCUAAGAACAAAGAAAUUUAUCAUAGUUCCUUUGACCACACAGUUGAAGCAAAGUAUAUGUCUGAAGAUUACAAUAAGAUAUCUCAUGCUGUUACACAGUAUACAUCAGCACUACAUGUGCAAAACACUAAACACACUGCCCAAAGUCAACAAUUUGGAGUGGAAACAGAGGAAACAACCACAGUUCAAGAAGUGUCUGAAAGAAGCAGAAACAUACAAAACUCUGACACAACAAAUGUAGUCAAGCAAUCUAAAGAUGAUGUUAAAAUUACAAUGGGUGCUUUAGAAAAAACACUGAUGUUCUUGUUUCAAAACAAAGACAAGAUAAAAUUGUUAUUAAAUUUACCAUAUUCACACACAAUAACUUCUGCUCCUACCACUAUAUCAACUGGUAGGGAAAAUCAAUCUCAUCUGACCAAACAACCUGCAAAUGUGGACCAGGGGCAAACAGAAACCAUGAACUCUGGUUUCAAUGAAAUUAUACCUGCUGGUCUGGUUACAGCACUGAAUCAUGAAUCACUGAAGAAUAUACUGAUGAGUUCCAUUAAACCUAAAGAAACAACAUAUACUCCACCUUCAAGUCUACAAGGAGAAACAGGGCAAACAAAAUCUCCACAACAAAUUCACACUAUUAAAUCAGAGUGCUACAGAACUUCAGGUAUCUCGGAGGAAAAACACAAUUUAAAAAAUGUAGAAACACUGCAACAAUCACCUAUAUUAAGAAACAAAUACUCAUAUACUAAUUUUCUGGUACCACCUUUAAAAGUGAAAAUAGAAGUGGCAUACGAGCUGGACAAAAAACCAAAGCACGAGUUUGAAUUGACAGCAGAUACUGGGGACAGUGAUAAUACAAGUGUUACAAGUGUGAACCUGGCUUAUCUGCCACAGAAGAGUAACAUGAGAACAGAGCAUUCCACUUAUGAUGAAAAUCAAAGCCUGUUUGGUGGCCCCACAACAGACACUCGUAAUGUAUUUGAUUCACCUCAGCUAUUUAAAAGAUUUUAUAUGUACGACGAUAAGCAAAGUUUACAACCAGAACUCUACAAUAAAAAAAGGUCAUAUAACAAAGAAUAUAUUCCUGAAGAAAGUUAUCAACAAGCAAUACAAAACAACAUAGUGGUUAGCAGACCUAGAGCUCUGGGUAGCCAGAAGUAUAAAAGGUCAUCUGAAGAAAUCAUCCAAUCCAAACCCAAUGCAUUCAAAAACUAUCAUAAGCUAUAUAAGCACCACUCAUCAGACAUAAAUAACAGUGAAGAAAAUACCAGAGCUUUGAUCUUUGGAUUCAAGAACAAGGAAAGGAAUAAACAAGGAAAUGACAAUGACAAUGGAGAAACAAUGCAUGAUGCAAUUCAUAUGUCUAUGAGUAACUUAUUAAAGAAGGACUUUAACAAACACAAUAUUAACUAUUAUAAAAAAUUAUCUCCUGAAGAAAUACAAAAGAUUUCUCAGAAUGUUUACAGAUAUUCAAAUGACUGUAAAUACCCUAUUAAUUAUAAAAAUAGUAAACAGAAUGACGAAAUUCACAAAAAUUCCCUUCUAUGUUUACUUCAGCUGAACAAUAUGUUCCGUAAGCCUGUUGACGACAAUAUGCAGCAACUGUAUUCAUCAAGUGACAAGUAUGAAACAAAUGAAAACAAUUACAAUACUUUAGUAAGAAGAAUGAGAAAUACAUUUCAACACAUGACUACAGAUUCAUCAGAUGAAGAAAAUGAGGUGAAUCCUAAAUAUCAGUCUAGUAGUUGUCAGCCUUAUAAAUGUCAAGGUGUUCUCACAUCUGAAAUGAAAAUUGUAACAAGUGUUUUAAAAUGGCUUAAGAAUUUUGUAACAGGCACUAGGAAAACAUAACAUAUAAAAUCAUGACUACAAACUGCAAAGUACACUAAGAAAUGGAUGGACUGAGGCAGAUAAAGAAUGACACAACAAACAGGUGUGGCAAACUCCAUGCAUCAGAGUCCUUGAUAAGCUGAUAAUCAUUCAUUACCAUGCUCACAAGUCUGCCACUGGACUCUAUCCUGGGCCAGCUGAAUCCAGUCCAUAUCUUCACAUCCAAUUUAAGAUCCAUUUCAAUAUAAUCCUCACCUGUGCCUAAUUCUCCCAUCUCUUCACUUAAGGUGUACCCAUUAUAAUGUAUAUAUCUCUCAUUUACCUUAUGCAUACUACAUGUCCCAUUCCUCUCAUCUUCCUUGAUUUUAUCAAUUUAAAACAGUGGUGACAGAAGAUACAACACAGAGUGUAAAUCUUUGGGAAACACUGCAUUACAUGAACAAAGGAUUGUUUAAAUCUACUGCAAUCUGUGAAGUUCUGUGAGUAACGUUUUCGAACAGUCAUUAUUUUCUGGCACCACUGUUGUACUACUAUAUUUACUAGUACAAUUAAUCUGUGUCCUGUAACAGGUAUUUGUGAUUAAAAAUGUCUAAGCUAAUAAACUAGUUUUAUCAACAGUGUCUUUGUUCUACAUGUCCUCAUGUCGCCCUCAG